CAGCGACGACGAACAGAAUCACAAGUUGCGCAUCUUUGUAACAAGUGAAAGUUCCAUGGCUUAACCUACUAUCUGCUCCAAUAUUCAAAGCCAAUUAAUUCUCUUUCAAGAUGGAGGACAAACCAACGCCUUCUUCCCUUGGUGAUAUCGACGCUACAGUGCCUACAUCUAUUCCGGAAACCAUAGUGCCUCUCAGUGUACGCUCUGACGCGGACUCUGUGACGCACUCGCAUACGGCUAUUCACCAUGCUCAUUCUGAAGCACUUCUUCAGCCUCAUUUAACAUCUGGUGCCUCAGCAUCCAUGCAUACUAUUCAACCCAGCGCUCUAACAGUCGAGAGCGCCGAGGAUGCUCCUGCGGGAUCGGUCCGUCUUGGACCAUCCGAGUUUGCGGUGACUCUUCCUAUGGACUCGCGAGUGAAAGACGAUUAUGACCGUGUCUUAACCGACUCCGCUGAGAUCACAAGGGAGUUUCUCGCAAGUCUAACCCAUGCUGGUCACGCCUCUGAUUCUCAGCGAGGCUAUCUUUCAUCAAAAAUGCAUGAAGUCAUUGCGAAACUUAACAAUGUAUCUACGCAUCCAGAUUUGAAUAUUGCUCAUCAUGUCUUAUUCGAGGACUCGAAACUCGCUCGGGAAGCCGAGUGGGCUGAAUACUCGAGUGCCAAAUUCCGGCUCCUUGGAUGGCUGAUACGACUUGGUUGCGAUCGCGACCUGCAUAUCAUUCUGGCUGUUCAAGGCGAGGACAAACGUCAAAUUCUUGAACGUUACUUGCUCGGCAAAGGGUUCUCCCAUACCAAGCCUCGGGAUCAGCUUGGUGGUAGCUUGGAAGUCUCAUUGCAAAAGGACUCACUGAGCUUUGCUAUCCACUCUGAGGACGGGGUGCAAGAGAUGUUCAAACCACCAUCUGCCAUCUUUGUCUUCGACACAUCAUACAAACUCGAAAGCCCUGCAGUGCAGCAUCUUCGAACUACAUACACCAGGAAUGGGAUGCUUCUACCCGUCAUCUGGUUCCUUGUUUCCAAUACAUGCGAACAUAUUGAACGAUGUCUACCUCAGCUGCCUGAGCCUGAGCGACUGCGCCUUCUCAUGCAGUACACCGACUAUUUCCACGACGACGUCGGCGACCUUCAGGAUGAUGCCCUCAAUGUGUGCGAAGAUGCCGAGGAGAUUCUCAACUACCUCUCAGAUAGCUUUGCCAGUUGGUCACUCCCCGCCAUUGAGCCUUUGCACUUCGUAUCUGCCAAUGAAUUGGAGUCGGCGACACCUUCUUCUGAAGAGCAAGUACUGGGCACUCAGAAACGAUCACUCGAUGACGAGCAGGAAAACGAAGACUACAUAUCAAAACGCGCACGGGUUAAUACUCAAGAUACCAGCCAAAUGACUCAAUCUACGAAGCCACCCAGUCAAACUCUGGAUCGGGAUCUGGCAUCGUUGGAGAGAAGUCUCAUCCAAAUGAAGGCCACCCACGACACAGAGAAGCAGCAACUCCAGAGAGAGCUUUUGCAGACCCGGGCUCGCUUGCAAGAAUUUGAGACUGCGUUGGGUGUCCUCCAACACCGCUACGAAGCCCGAACCAAGGAAUUACACCUGACUCGUCAAGAGCGCGGUCGCCUAUCAGAGGGCAAGGCAUCCAUGGAGCAACGAAUCGAGAAGCAAAGGGAGGACUUAUUCAAACUGAAAGAGGAGCGCUCACAGUUAAAGGCCGAGCUCGAGGGAGCGCGACAGGAGCUCAAGAAUGGUGGUGGCUCUCUGGCAGAACUGGAGACAGCUCGGGAAGAGAUUCGCCGUCUUACCAGCGAGAAAGCAAGUCUCGAGCGUAAGGCUGAGUACGAGAAGAAUCAAGCGGAGUACACUCGCGAGCAAUAUCAGACCGCCUCCACAGUGGCCGCACAAGCAGGAAAUGAGCUUCGUCAAGUUCGUCACGAAAAUGAGGCUCUAACUCGCAAGGUGCAAGGUAACAUUGUUCAACUUCGGGAAAUGAACAUCAAGAACGACGCGGUUCGUCACCUUGCCCGAAUCAACGAGCUAGAGUUGAUUCUCGCUUCGCGGGACGAUUUGCUACGAAAGAAGGAAGAUGAACUGCGGGAGAUCCGUAAGAAUCGCCCAUCCACGCGUUCGACAAGCACACAGCCGCGGAGUCCGAAGUGGGCUGCCAGUAGCCGUCCAACGAGCCCGGGCGUCGGCCAUAAUGGCAACGGUAACGGUCUUGCUGGCCGGGGCAGUGCCCUACGGUUUAGUUCCGAGAUGCCUUUCUGAUGAUAUCCAUUCCGUCUCGGCCCAAGUAUU